AUGGAUAUAGAAUACCAUACCAAGGAGAGGAUCCGAUUUAAGAUAUUUGAUCCCAUUAAAAAGCGUUUUGAAGUUCCACUCAAUAUUGAUUCUCCUCCACAUCCGGCUGAUGACCCCAACUAUGCCGUUGAAUUUCUAAAUAAUCCAUUUUUUCAAUUUAGAAUAAUAAGAAAAAAAACAGGAACAAUACUGUGGAAAUCAUCUCUUGGUGGCCUGAUUUUUUCUAACCAGUUUCUCCGAAUAAAGACUACUGUCCCAUCAUCUUCUAUCUAUGGAUUUGGUGAACAUGAGCAUCCAUCUUUUAAGCAUAACAUGAAUCAUGUUAGAUAUGGAAUGUUUUCCAGAGAUCAAGCACCAGUGGAAUAUAGCAAUCUCUAUGGAGUUCAUCCUUUUUAUAUGUGCAUAGAGAAUGAUUCUAAUGCUCAUGGUGUUCUACUUCUGAAUUCCAAUGCCCAAGAUAUCACCCUGUUCCCAUACCCUUCUAUAAUGUACCAGACGAUUGGAGGAGUACUAGACUUCUAUAUAUUUCUUGGCCCCACUCCUGAAAAUGUUGUCCAGCAGUACACAGAGGCCAUUGGACGUCCAUUUAUGCCUCCGUACUGGUCUCUGGGAUUUCAUCUGAGUCGAUGGGGCUAUAAUAACAUAGAAGUGAUGCGAAAAACAGUUGAACGUUUGAAACAGUUUAAUAUCCCUCAUGACGUUCAGUAUGGGGACAUUGACUCCAUGGAACGCCAGUUGGACUUCACGUAUGAUAAAACGAACUUCGCCGGUCUGCCUGAGUUUGUCAAGGCACUGAAAAGAGAUGGGAUACGUUAUGUCAUUAUUUUGGACCCCUUUUUGACAAAAGAUGAACUGGCAGGUACUUACAUGCCCUAUGAACUUGGACAGAAAAUGAAAAUAUGGAUCAAUAACUCUGAUGGAGCCACACCAGCUGUUGGCAAGGCCUGGCCCCCAGGAGAUUCAGUGUUUCCAGACUUUACCAACCCCCUAACAACAGAAUGGUGGAUCCGGUUGUGCACGGAAUUUAAGAACGUCAUCGAUUAUGAUGGGAUCUGGAUUGAUAUGAACGAGCCAUCCAAUUUUGCAACAGGACAGCAGCCAGGAUGUGUAAAUAACAAUUUAAACAACCCACCUUAUGUGCCUGAUAUAAGUGAUGGGAUUUUGGCAGAGAAAACAUUAUGUCCUGAUUCGAAGACUUUUCUGGGAGAUCAUUACAAUACACAUUCUCUGUUUGGCUGGUCACAAGCAAAAUCUACCUUUUAUGCUUCUCAGAAGGCCACAAGAAAACGACCAUUUGUUUUGAGUCGCUCAACAUUUGUCGGGAGUGGAAAAUACGCUGGCCAUUGGCUGGGCGAUAACUUUUCCCGUUGGAAAGACAUGCGUAUGUCAAUCAUUGGCAUGCUGGAAUUUAACCUCUUUGGAAUUCCAUAUAUCGGAGCUGAUAUAUGUGGUUUUAAUGAAAAUACAAAUUAUGAACUUUGCCUGCGCUGGAUGCAACUUGGGGCAUUUUACCCCUUUUCCAGAAACCAUAAUUCCAUAGGCAGCACGGAACAAGAUCCUGGAGUCUUUGGAGAAGAGUUUGCUGCAAUUUCCCGAUCCGCGUUAUUGAUUAGAUACACACUACUGCCUUACUUAUACACCCUCUUCUAUCAUGCUCACAGCAGAGGAAGCACAGUGGUCCGAGGACUGAUGCAUGAAUUUCCAUCAGAUCCUCAUACUCAUGGAAUUGACAAAGCAUUCCUUUGGGGACCAGCUUUAAUGAUUACUCCAGUUCUUGAAGAGGGUGAGAAAAUUCCACAUUCUUGGCAGAAGAACUAUGUUAAAGUUCCCGCUCCUCUGGAUGUGAUUCCUCUGUUCAUUCGUGGAGGAUUUAUUCUGCCAAUACAGGCUCCAGCCAGAACAACGGAGAAGAGCCACUUGAAUCCUUUUGGCCUCAUAAUUUCUCUAGAUAAGAAGGGAGAAGCACAAGGCUCCCUUUUCUGGGAUGAUGGAGACUCUAUUGAUUCAAUUGAAAAGGGAAACUAUUUCUAUGCUGAAUAUAAAUUCAGUAAAGGAGAGUUGAAAACAACUGUGAUGAAAAAUAGCUUCCAUGGAGCUGUUGCUCAGGCCUAUGAAAACAUUCAGCUGAUUGGUUUGACUUCGACGCCCAAUGCUACUACUGUGAAUGGGAAUUCCAUCCCAUUUGACAGAAUACAGAUGCUCCCCAAUGGGAAAAUUAUUUUAUGGAUCUCUGUGCCUCUUUCCCAGGAGCUGAAUAUCGUAUUUAAGUUGACUGACAAUAAAACAUAAAUAACAGGCCAAACAAGUUAU